CUUAGUGUUGGAUUUCUGAUCACCUUGUUUACUUUGUCACUUUGUGCUUGUUGAUCAACUUGGGAUUCCCGGUUUAUUAAUUUGGAGGUUGCUGUUUUCUGUGAUUGUGGUUUUUACUCCUGUGAAUUAAAAGAUCACUUCUGCCUGCCAGCACCUGGUGGAGAAUAACUGAUUACCUCGGCUUGGGCUGAUCACCUGAGGAUCACUUUUUCAUUCACCAUUUGGGGUGGCUGACACAGUCCCUGAUUUUCCAGCGGUGAGUCUUUACUCAUGAUGCCCCUAAGUGCCCUUCCCAGGACCCGCUCCCUGAGCCCCGCCGCUCUGUCCCGCAGCCUGUCCCGUCUCCGGGAGUACCGCACCCGCUCACGGAUCAUGCUGUCUCUCGGGGUCUCGCAGAUGGUUCUCGGCUGUCUCAUCGUGGCUGUGAGUUUCGCCGCUCUGGCUCUCACCACGUCUGCCAGGGUCAGGCACUCAUGCCCGUUCUGGGCAGGCUUCUCGGUGCUCUUGUCGGGAUUGAUUGGUGUUGUAGCUUGGAAACGGCCCCUAUCGCUUGUAAUAACCUUCUUUAUGCUGCUCUCUGCUGUAUGCGUCAUGCUCAACUUGGCUGGCUCAAUUCUUUCUUGCCAAAAUGCCCAGCUAGUCAGUUCCCUUGAAGGCUGUCAGCUGAUAAAUAUAAACAGUGAUGGGGUAUGCGUUUGCUGUGAUAUGCAACAUCACACAUCUGGCUGCAGUAACCCUGGCGAAACUCUGAAGCUGAACCCUUUGCAAGAAUGCAGUGCUGUAAGACUGACCCUCAAGGACCUGUUGUUCAGCGUGUGUGCUCUGAAUAUCAUCUCGACAAUUGUCUGUGCCUUGGCUACUGCGAUGUGCUGCAUGCAGAUGGUUUCUACAGAUGUUCUGCAUCUGUUUUUGCCACACAGAGGGCACCCUUCAAACAUGGAUUGUAUGAUGCCACAUGGAGCUAUUCUUCACCAGACCCUAGAUUUUGAUGAGUUUAUUCCACCUAUCCCACCUCCACCAUAUUAUCCACCUGAGUACACCUGUACCCCGGUCAUGGAAGUGCAAAGGGGUCUUCACUUGGAUUUCCCACACUCACCAUUCAGUGCUUUAUAUGAUGUCUCCAUAAACAGUCCUGGAAUUUUAUACCCGUCUGAGCUUCCGCCACCAUAUGAAGCAGUUGUUGGGCAAACGCCUGCCAGCCAGGGAACCAGUAUAGAUCAACAGAUGACAGAAUCAAGUCUGGGUGACCGAAAUACAACAGCAGGCUUCAGCACUCAAGUGUCUGUAGAUAGCACCUCCAUCCUGGUAUCUGAAGUGGCCGAUGUUCCGGUUCAUAGUUGCUCAUCAGAAGAUCUUUGUUCUCUUGAAGUUCAAAGUUCACUGCGUUCUGCAGACUUUUCCCCAUACAGCACCAUACGUACAGCAGCCACGGAGAGUAGCUGCGGUAGUUUAGAACAUAGCCUAAGAUGCGGCUUCCUACAUACUAAUUCACAGUGUUCUCCUGACGAUGAGGGGAGCAGAGCUUCCACAGACAGAUCUCAAUGGCAAGAUUGUGAGACCUAUACUCAAACUAGAUCCUUAAACUCAUCUAAUGAGAAUUUCACAACGUCAGAGAGAGACGUAGUAAAAGAAAGAAAAGUGACUCACUCCUUGAAGCCAAUAAAGAUGUGUUGUGGUGUUUUUAGCCAGCCACCUGGACAAUGCCAGCCAUCACCUAGUUCUUUAUCUGCAAAUCCACCAUCACACAUGGGACGCCCAGAAAAGACCCUCCAGCAACAUAAUGCCAGGAAAUACAGAAUGUCAAGCAUUGUACGAUCCACCAGUGACCCUGUCUCCUGCUCUUCAAGCACAGAAGUUCUGUAUUCUUAUCCUCGAACCACUGCCGCUGCUUGCCAGGAUGCAGGAAAUCAUUUUUUAUCCUUGGGAAAACAGAAAGAUUCAAGGAAAAACACCCAUCGACUGAAGCCAAAGGCACUACGGAAUAUCUCCAAAGAGCGGCCAAAUUCCUUGGUGGACCUUAAGACAUACAAGGAUACGAAGAUUCUAGUAGCCAAGUUUCUUGAACAUUCAAAUUGUCACCUAUCUCCAGAAGUACAACAUGUUGUGAAUAGUAUUAAAUCGGUAAUCAAGUCAGAUGAGAGACAUAUGGAAGAAGCCAUAUUUAGUGCCAACAUUAUAGACCAGGUGAUCACAAGCUCUCAGCAGAACAUCAACUUGUCUAGAAAGAGACUACAAGAAGAUCUUCAUCUUCGGAGCUGCGGAGCUCUGAGUUCUCCGUUAGCUUUUCUACAUCGGAUACAUUUAGCACGUGACAUGGAAAGGGACAGACCACAUAGUUUAGUAGGAGUCUGCAGAGAAACCAUCCUUUGAUUACAGUUUUUAAUUAACAGACAUUGC